GCGCCUGCGCACUGCGCGCCGCUCCUCCUGGACCGGACAUAACGGUCCGCGCGCGGCUCCCGGGCCGGAAGUGGAGGGAAGCGUCGCUGCCGAGCCGGCCUCACUCAGCGCCGGCCGGGAGAGCCGUUGCCGCCCCUCGGCGCCGCCGGGGCCUUCCGCAGCCGCCAUGUCUGCCAGCGCCGUGUACGUGCUGGACCUGAAGGGCAAGGUGCUCAUCUGCCGGAACUACCGCGGCGACGUGGACAUGUCGGAGGUGGAGCACUUCAUGCCCAUCCUGAUGGAGAAGGAGGAGGAGGGCGUGCUGUCGCCCAUCCUGGCCCAUGGCGGCGUGCGCUUCAUGUGGAUCAAGCACAACAACCUCUACCUGGUCGCCACGUCCAAGAAGAAUGCGUGCGUGUCGCUGGUGUUCUCCUUCCUCUACAAGGUGGUGCAGGUGUUCUCCGAGUACUUCAAGGAGCUGGAGGAGGAGAGCAUCCGGGACAACUUCGUCAUCAUCUACGAGCUGCUGGACGAGCUCAUGGACUUCGGCUACCCACAGACGACGGACAGCAAGAUCCUGCAGGAGUACAUUACGCAGGAAGGCCACAAGCUGGAAACGGGGGCCCCGCGGCCCCCAGCCACUGUCACCAACGCAGUGUCCUGGCGGUCAGAGGGCAUCAAGUACCGGAAGAAUGAGGUGUUCCUGGACGUCAUCGAGUCGGUCAACCUCCUGGCCAAGAGCCAGUUCAAGCGGCGCUCGACGGCCAACAAUGUGGAGAUCCACAUCCCCGUGCCCAACGACGCCGACUCGCCCAAGUUCAAGACCACGGUGGGCAGCGUCAAGUGGGUGCCCGAGAACAGCGAGAUCGUGUGGUCCAUCAAGUCCUUCCCGGGCGGCAAGGAGUACCUGAUGCGGGCGCACUUCGGGCUGCCCAGCGUCGAGGCAGAGGACAAGGAGGGCAAGCCGCCCAUCAGCGUCAAGUUUGAGAUCCCCUACUUCACCACCUCGGGCAUCCAGGUGCGCUACCUCAAGAUCAUCGAGAAGAGCGGCUACCAGGCGCUGCCCUGGGUGCGCUACAUCACGCAGAACGGCGACUACCAGCUUCGGACCCAGUGAGGCCACCCUGCCUGGCCUGGACCCCGGCCGCCGCCCGACACUGGCCCAGGCCAGCUCCAGAGACCUUCGCGGAGACGCCCCUGCCCGGGAGGGGCGGGGCGCGCGUGCCAGGCCUCAGGUGCCAAAGCCCCGUGCGGGCCCGCGCGCAGUGUCCGCAGCCUCGCCCCGCGCGCGUGACAGUGACAUUAAAUCCGCUCGCCCAGCA